AUGGACCACUUAUCGUUCUGGAGGUUCCUGGCUGGCCUUCUUCUCUGCUGUCCCUAUGACCUUCUGACCGCUGCUGCUGCCAUUAAACCCACAGCAAGCAAGGGCUGCAGCAGCGAGAAGGCACUCACCAUCACCCACAUCUACAGCGCGCCCGGGGAGGAUGGCGAACAACUCCAAACCAUGGAAUCCGAUGAUAACAAGUUGGUGUUCAGGCACCAGCUGCGGCUCCAGAGCCCUGCUGCAGACUGCGAGAGGAAUGAACUGAUAGAUGACCUCCUUGCCAGGAUUCAAGCAUUAGAACUAGGGAUGAAGGAAAUGAAGGAGCAGUAUGAAGGAUGCUGUGGAGCUGCAGCACUUUACGGUAACUGUAAUGGGAAUGGCAAUUAUGUGCCAGCAUUAGGCCGCUGUCAGUGUGAUAACGGCUGGGAAGGACCUGACUGUUCCAUAAAGAAAUGCCCUGUCGAUUGUGGUGAAUUCGGGAAAUGCGUUGAUGGCGCCUGUGUAUGCGCAGAGGGAUACACUGGUGUGGACUGCGGUGAGAAGAAAUGCGCUGUCGACUGUCGUCCCAAUGGCCGUUGUGUUAACGGGGAAUGCGUCUGUGAUGAAGGCUUCAUGGGAGCUGACUGUUCCAUUGCACUUUACGGUAACUGUAAUGGGAAUGGCAAUUAUGUGCCAGCAUUAGGCCGCUGUCAGUGUGAUAAGGGCUGGGAAGGACCUGACUGUUCCAUAAAGAAAUGCCCUGUCGAUUGUGGUGAAUUCGGGAAAUGCGUUGAUGGCGCCUGUGUAUGCGCAGAGGGAUACACUGGUGUGGACUGCGGGGAGAAGAAAUGCGCUGUCGACUGUCGUCCCAAUGGCCGUUGUGUUAACGGGAAAUGCGUCUGUAAUAAAAACUUCACAGGAGUUGACUGCAAAGAGAAGAAAUGCGCUGUCGACUGUCGUCCCAAUGGCCGUUGUGUUAAUGGGAAAUGCGUCUGUGAUGAAGGCUUCAUGGGAGCUGACUGCAAAGAGAAAAAAUGCGCUGUCGACUGUCGUCCCAAUGGCCGUUGUGUUAACGGGGAAUGCGUCUGUGAUGAAGGCUUCAUGGGAGCUGACUGCAAAGAGAAAAAAUGCGCUAUCGACUGUCGUCCCAAUGGCCGUUGUGUUAACGGGGAAUGCGUCUGUGAUGAAGGCUUCAUGGGAGCUGACUGUUCCAUUGAAAUUGCUAGUCUUUGCAGUUAUAAUGGCAGAUAUGACACUAAAACUGGUACCUGUGUGUGUGAUGAAGGCUGGGAAGGACCAGACUGUUCUCAGAAAAGCUGCCCUAACAACUGCGCCAAUAAUGGAGUAUGUGUCAAUGGUGUCUGUCAGUGCGCAAGUGGUUUCACCGGUGCUGACUGCAGUGAGAAGGAGUGCCUCCCGGACUGUGGCGAAAACGGCAAGUGUGUUGACGGUGUCUGCCAGUGUAACUUCGGAUAUACGGGGCUGACUUGCAGAGAGGAGGACUGUGUCGUCAAUUGUGGUGAAAAUGGCCGCUGUGAUGGUGGCCAGUGUUUCUGUGAAGAGGGAUUCUUUGGUGAAUCGUGCUCAGAAGUAAUGGCCGUGCAGAACUUGCGUCUCGUCGGCACAACAGAGGACUCUCUGAGCCUUGCCUGGGAUGUACUGGUGGAUGUGGACUAUUAUUUUAUUAGUUAUUAUCCUUAUGGAGAUGCAAGCCUGAAACAGCAAAUUAAAGUUUCUGCAGACCAAGACUUCUACCAGAUUGGCAGCCUGAGACCUAGCACACUGUACCAAAUACUGAUGUACCAAGUGAAGAAUGGGGUGACCAGCGAUCCAGCCGAACUUCAAGGCCAAACUGAUGCUGGUGCUGUAGGAACUCUCUGGGUGACUGAAGAGACAGAAGAUUCCUUGGAGGUGGAAUGGGAGAACCCUAAUAUUAGAGUGGACUACUUUAUACUGAAGUAUGCUGCCCAGUCUGGAGGAGUGGAGACAGAGGUUCAAGUGUCACAAAGCGAUGACCCCAAGACCAGAUACCUCAUUAAAGGCCUACAGCCCAGCACAAAGUACGACAUCAGCGUCCAGUCUGUGAGAAGAGGACAGGAAGGAAAAGCCUCGUCUGCAAUGGGAAUAACAGGGACUAAUAAUGGGCAAAUAUCUUUAGGAAUUGAUGGUCCUAAAAACCUGGUGGCUACAGACGUGGGUGAAGACACAGCUAGCUUGUCCUGGGAGGCUGCCCAAUCUCAAAUAGAUCGCUAUAUCUUAACAUAUGCAUCAGUUGAUGGACACAGGGAGGAGAUGGCAGUGAGCAAGGAGAAGACCAGUACUUUCUUGACAGGCCUUACUCCCGGUAUCGAGUAUAUAUUCAACGUAUGGGCAGAAAAAGGAAACAAGAGGAGUAAGAGGGCCACCGUGUCAGCCACGACAGACAUUGAUGCCCCCAGAAAUCUGGAGGCGUCUGAAAUAACACAGACAGAAACCACCUUGACUUGGACUCCUCCAGUAUCUCAAAUAGAUGGUUAUAUACUCACCUAUGAGGAUGCAGAUGGCAACCGUCAGGAGAUUGAAUUAGAUGCUGCAAGCAAGAGUUUUGAGCUGAAAGGUCUCAAGAAAGGAACACAGUACACUGUAUUCUUGAGAGCUUACAAAGGAGAGCAAAAGAGUAGACAAGCCACCACCACGUUCCUCACUGUGACAAUCAUAAUUACAUUCCCUGUGGAUUGUUCCCAAGUCCGACAAGCUGGCAACAGAGAAAGUGGUAUAUAUACCAUCUAUCCCGGGGGAGAGGACACAACAGGUGUCAGAGUGUAUUGUGACCAGGAUACAGAUGGAGGUGGAUGGACUGUAUUCCAGAGAAGGACUAAUGGGAAACUUGACUUUUACCAGCGCUGGAGGACGUAUAUAGAAGGAUUUGGCGAUCCCAGUGAUGAAUUCUGGCUUGGUCUGGAGUGGCUUCAUAAACUUACCUCUACUCCAGUCAAGUAUGAGUUGCGUGUGGACCUCCGGGUUGGGGAUGAGUCUGCAUAUGCUGUUUAUAGCACCUUCAAUGUAGGUACUUCUAGGGACCGAUACAAACUGAUAGUUGGUGGCUACUCCGGCACAGCAGGUGAUGCUCUUAACUAUCACAAUGGAUUAAAAUUUACUACAUGGGAUAAGGACAAUGACCUUGCUCUCACUAACUGUGCUCUAUCACAUCGCGGGGCCUUCUGGUACAAGAACUGCCACCUCGCCAAUCCUAAUGGACAGUAUGGUGAUAACAAUCACAGUAUGGGAGUUAACUGGGAGCCUUGGAAAGGUCAUGAAUUUUCCAUUCCGUUUAUAGAACUGAAGAUGAGACCUCUGGACCUGUCUGCAUGA